AUCUCAUGGGUCCAUGGUUCGCCAAAGAACGGCUCAAACCCUAGGCAUGGUUUAUGAGACCCCGCUAGUGCCGUGAGCUUAUCUACGGACAGACGGCCAUCUUUCCCUCUUCCUUGGCCCCUCUCUCUUGGCUAACGUGGUCCCCGUUGAACUUGGAGAAGCCACUUUUUUUUCAAACCGAACUGGAGGGCAACUCUUUAGGUAUAGCAUUGGGAGACUUUUAUUAUCUGCACUCUCAAGACGUGUUUGGUAGGAUCUAGAGGUGGAGGCGGGUGUGAAUUCUCAGGGCGGCUGGAAAUGCUGAGCUACACCUGCUGGCGUGGCGUAUAAGACAAAAAAAGGAUGAUCAAUUCAGAUCAGUAGUUUCAAGUAGCGGCAAAUUGAGGUCAAGAAGGGUGGGCCGAAGGGGACGACAACAUGCCUACCAUGAGUGGAGGAGGAAUGCCCUGGUUCAUGUCCAAGCGAUCCAAAUCCAAUCUCAUCAUCUUUGUGUUUGCUAUGAUUUUUUCGGUUAAUUUGGUCUGUGGAGCCAGUCUUCGAAAUCGACGAGCUUCAAAUCUGAGGUCAUCCACUUCGGUCAAACUGAACGGCAGGAUCAAAGAACAUCAUGCGGAGCCAGAAACCUGUCCCUUGUUGUCCUACUGCAUAUGUAAAAGCCUGCAAGGUGGCCUAGACAUCACGUGCGAAAGGGUCAACAGCUACAAGCUCAAGUCCGAUUGCGAAACACUGAAGAAGAAGGAGCGUUUCGUCAAAUACUUCAAGAUCAGGCUUAGUGAUAUUCCAAAGCUGGACGACCACAUUUUCAUGGGCAUAAAAAUCCAACAUCUCUACAUCCAUGACAGCAACCUAAAAGCAUUGGGUCCAAAUUCCCUUUCAUCCCAAGGCAACACUUUAAGCCAUUUGGUUCUGUCGAAGAAUUCUCUCGCGAGUGUUCCAACGGAAGCCAUUCGACAACUCCGAAAUUUGGAUCACUUGAACCUCAAUGAAAACAACAUCACCGUCUUAAAGCAAGGCGCAUUUAUUGGAUUGGGGAAAAUGACUCGGCUCGCUGUCUACAACAACCAGAUCCACAAGGUCCAUUCUAAUGCUUUUGAUGGGCUCACAAGAUGGCUUGCGCCGUAUGAAGGCAGUGAAAGAGACUUGAUCCGUCUUAAUCUGGGAAAGAACCAUCUGGAGAGCAUUCCACAUGAAGCUCUCAUUCCUUUGAAAUAUUUGAGGAGCAUCGACUUCACAUACAACCGAAUAUCCUAUAUCAAUGCUGGCGACUUUACAGGGAUGGACAAUUUGGAUCAGCUGAUUCUGAAUCACAAUAAGAUUCCGAAUCUAGGGGCCGGAUUCUUCAGGGGUCUUGAUGCCCUCACCACAUUGUACAUAGACCACAAUGAGAUCCGAACCGUACAUAAGGAUGCCUUCGAAGGUUUGGACGCCAAGUUGUCGUCACUGACGCUGACUGGAAAUAAAAUCGAGUCCUUUCCAAGUGAAGCUCUGCGGCGGAUUCAUCAGUUGGAAACGCUCCAUAUGGACGACAACAAGAUAUCCAGACUGGACGAAGACGCUUUCCAAGGAUUUGGGGAACAUGUUAAAUUCCUGUGGCUUCAAAACAACUUGAUUCGGGACGUUCCAGCCCCAGCCUUCCAAGAUCUCCACAGCCUUGAGUGGAUCAAGUUGUACAACAAUGAAUUACGCACCUUGCAUUACGAGUUGAUGGAGCCGGUUUUGGACACACUAAUACAUAUCGACAUUCACAGUAAUCCUCUGGUUUGCGAUUGUGAUCUUCGCUGGUAUCGUCAAUGGAUCGAUGAAGAAUGGAACGAAAUCGAGGAAGACUGGCUACAAGACACCCUUUGCGAAGAUCCGGCAGAUAAACAGCAACACAACAUUGCCCAAGUUCCAUUAAAAGACAUGUUAUGUAAUGAAGAAGUCAGCGACAAGCCUGCAUCCAUAAAAGACGACGGUGGUGGCGCGAUAUCGUUCAAAUUGGACUUUUCCAUCAUCUAUUUCUCCGUUAUUUUCACUCUGAGCACAACCUUAUUGUGCUCGUCAUGAGUGCGUUUCAUAAUCCUGUAGACAGAUAGAUAUACCGACGAUGGAACAGAAGGAAAUGGGAAAGGGGCAGAUUCCGCGGCGGCUUCGCUAAGAAUCCCUGCUGGGUCAGUCAAAUCCAUCCCCUUCUAAGAGGACGACGAAGACGAUAACACCAGAGAGGUUUCCAGCCUCUACGCCUUAGAAAAAUCGAAUUUCGAAAUUCAAACAUCAUCAACUUCCACCCGUGGUCGGUCAAGUUAUUGGAAAUGCUGGUCCUUCACAAAGCUUUAAAUCCAGUUCCAUUGGCCGAGGAACGAGAAGAAACGCUGACUCCUCAUUGGAACUUGCCAAAUAGUCGCGUGAUCCUCACGUCCGCGAAAAUUCUUACAUACCACAAGACAAACUAAACAUCACAGGGUUUGGGCAAAACCCCAUAAAUUCUCUAAAAAGUCUUAUGAAACCACAGCCGUGUCAAUAUCCUUCCGAGGUGUGUUGGUUGGUCCCAUUUUCUGUAGAGGAUUCGAAAAUGGUCCUCGGUUUUACUCUUUCGCUCCCCUUUCCAUGUUUCAACGUUUUUUCCGUUAUGAAUGUUUCAUAAACAUAUGACUACUAACAAAAAAAACUUCAGCACUAACAAAGCAUCACUGCAGAAAUACUCGAUAAGCUAAGAAAAAUCCAUAAUGCACUAUGAAAUAUGCAUAUAUCUAAGAGUCUACCAAUGGCAUUAUUGAAUUGUACAUAGACCCAGUCUCGAUUCUUAUAGCGGAAAAUGCUCCUCCUUACUGGAUCAAUUUUUGUCAAUAUUCUCCUUGUUACAUACUUAACUUCGUCGUCUUUUCAUAAAUCACUUGUCAAUUAGGGAAUUCGAAAACCUUUCCUUUUACUUCCUUCUUCGAGAAAACAUGAGAUCCAGUGCAACCAUCCUUAUUGAAAACAACAUUUUAAAAUUCAAUUCUGAUUUUGAUUUUUUUCACUGCUUUCACAAAUAAAGUUUAUACAAAAAUAGA